AAGCUGAGCGGAAGGUCCUUACCGGUCGAUUUGUUGUGGAAGCAGCAACUUUCUCUGUCCUUCAGCCGGAAAAUGUACUACAAAUUAAGCGGUUUUACUCAGAAAUUGACGGGAGCUACUCCCACAACUGCCUACAACCCUCAGGGACUGAAGCAAGGGUUGCCUGCCGAGUCCCCAACCAUGAUCUUCGCUACACCCACCAAGGUGUUGUCAGAAGCUGCAGUGGACCACAUGGAAGGAAACAGGGUUCCUGAACUGCAGAGGAUUUUCCAGAAAGACGGAAACCCCGUUCAUUUAAAGCGGGGAUACCCAGACAGGCUACUGUACCGCACCACCAUGGCCCUCACGGUUGGAGGCGUGGCCUACUGCCUGGUGGCUCUUUACAUUGCAGCCCAGCCAAAGAGAAAUUGACCAACGCCGACCCAGACCUUCCUGUAAUCCUUGUGACUUGUUGCUGCUGCAAUUCUCCGAACAUCCACAGCCUCAGUCUCUUUCCGUUGGACCACCUGUUGGGACUCUUUGUCUAUGAGACUUUAUCCUUUUUGCACAGUGGUUCUCAAAACAAGAGCGGGUGCUUGAUGACCUCAUAGGGAGGAAAUGACCAUCAAAUUAAGUUGAAGGACUUAAAUAAUAAUAAUAAACAAAAUUUUCUAAUUCA